ACAAUCGUUUAUAUCCCAUUGUAAAUGAACUCACCUCUGUACUCUACUCUGCAUAGCGGGUUAUAUAGGGAUAUAUGGGCGUGUGAACGGUGUGAGGAGUGGGCGGGGUAUGAGGCGCGGGCGUGAGAGUAGUUACUGAGGAUGACACUGGUACAGACAGCAGCAGGAGAGGGAAAAUCAUGUAAGAUAUGGUUCCCGUUCUCCCUCACCCUCCCCCCAAGUUACCGCCAUUUUGUUUUCGUGUUGGGUAUUGACUUUCGCUUCUUCAUGACUAUUUUAGUAAGUUCACCUCAUCAAAGAGAUACUAACCUGACCAAUAGGCCUUUUUCCGAGCCAUCAAUGUAGCUGGAGUGGGCGUGAGGUGCGUAUAGUGGCGUAGAUGGAGUGAGAGGGCGCCCAGUGCCAGGUAACAAAGACAGGAUGUUUCCCCAGAUGAAGUCGCCUUUCAAAACAAACGGUUUCCUGGAGGGACGGAAAUGAUUAUUGUCCUGGUCAGUUUAAUGCUCUGAAAAGUCUUAGUUGGCGUGGGCGGCGUUAAGGAGGUGGUGGGAGGCAUCAGCGGCGAGGAAGACUGACAAGUGGCAGGGAAAGAUAAGGAAGAAAAGGAAGAAGUGGUCCGGGAUACCUGAGAUGGACCAUAACAAACACACGGGGACAGGGAGGCCGUGGCGGGGAUAACUAUCCUUGCUAUCCUCUCCUCCCUAUCCAUCUCUAUCCUGGUGAGGCCUACCACGCCUACCUGGUGCCUAGUACCACCUGACAAGUGACUGCUUGCCUCCUGAAGAAUCAUAGUAAUCAUGAAUACCAUGAAGUGAUCCUGUGCUUUCGUAUGGAACAUCAAGAUCCAUACAGCACCAUGUCACAGCCCUCGUCAGAUAAGAGCAGAGAUCCCUACCGCUCGACAUAUACAGAACAUCAGGAUAUGAUGUUGAGUGAGGAUGAGGAGGAGAGUGCCACACUGGCUGAGCCCAUGACACUUGAAGGGGCAAAACAGUUAGCACAGACAUCUGUUGUGGUGCCAGCUACAACUCCAACUCCUCCAGCAGCCUCCUUGGCAUCAGUAUCCCCACCACCACAUCCUCUUGUUGCUCCUCCACUCACAUCUCCUCACCACUCAUCUCAUCAUCACCACCAUCACCACCACCACCACCAUCUGACGUCUCCUCCACCCCCACCACCACCUCCCCCACACCACCAUCACCACCACUUAACUUCACCACCACCACCACCACCACACCACCUCGCCUCACCACCACCACCACACCACCAUCCCCAUAUAACACCCCCACUCCCUCACCAUCAUCACAUGUGGGGGCCUCCUUCAGUUGCCCAUGAAGAGGAUGAGGAAGAAGAGGAGCCACAGGAUUUACCUUCAACUGUUGAUAUACAGGCUAUUAGAGACUCUCCGUCCCCCGAUCAUUCUAAAGGCCAGUUGGUGACAAUAAAUGAGAACUGGGACAGUGUUGAGGAUCAAGAUCAAGGUGAUGAAGACUCUGAUGCCUAUGAUUCUGAUACUGAUGGUUCAGAAUCUGAUUCAGAUUCAAGACUUAGCUCCAGGUCACGCUCAGCAUCGAGGGAAAGUAUCAAAUCACGUUCUGUGUCAAGGUCCCCUUCGCCAACAAACUCCAAAUCAGAUAGUGGGAGCCAGGAUUCUGAUUCAGAUAGCUCAGAUUGGAGUGAUAGUAGCUCUUCUGCUUCUGAUGAUGACAGGAAAAAGGAGUAUGAAGAUGGUGAUUCCAGCCCCAUGAACAAACCAUUGCCAAGGAGAAAACCACAGCUCACUGCACCAAAGCUAACAUUGAGUGAAGGGUUUGGAACUGCUGUUAGGACAGAUGGGAAAGCCAAGAUUUUAAUGCCAAGUUCCCCUUCAUCCCCUAUGCAUAAAUCAUCUCAGCUUUUUGACAAGCAUAAGCCAUCACAUUUAUUCACUUCAUCAUCUUGUGAUUCUAUAGCAACUGUUGGAUUUGGUGUUGGUAAAGUUACCAAAGUUCCUGUGCUAGAGGAGAAAAACUCUGGAAAAUCAAGUAUUUUCAGUGAUGAUGAGACUACUGAUGGAAUUGAUAACGAGAAAAAUAAAAAUGUAAAUAAAAGUGUACAUUUGUCAAAAAUAGAUGAAGUUAAACAAUUACUACCAGUGCCAUUACCUAAAGGAAAUGAUGGUGGCUCAAUUAGAAUUGAGCAGACAUCAGACAGUAACUUGCAUGUAGUGAAUGAAACACUUUGUACUGAAGUUAGAAGUUUAAGUGUUACGAAUCCUGGUCUUGUAAGUGAGCCUAAGUCUGAAAACAGUGGAUCAGUUGUUGAGGAAAAUAUCUCUAGAUCUAAAGGUGUUGAUGAAAGUAAACCCAGUGUACCUCUUCUUGGGUUAAAAGUAGAAGAAAAUAGAACAAUUUCUUUUCAGCCUUACAAAAGAGAUAGUGUGUCACCGCCAGAGAGGAAGUGUGAUAUCACAGCCAAGUGGGAGGACAGUGAUAAAGACAAAACUGAGGAAGGAAAAAAUAUGCCAUUAUCAUUAGCAGAAUUGGAAGAGAGAAGACGUGAAAAGGAAUUGGAAUUGAAUCGUGAAUUUGAUCGCUUACUCUUCAGCACAAAAAAUCUAAAUUUACAGCAAAAUGAGCAAAAGGCUUUAGUUUUGGGUAAUGAUUUAUCAAAAAUUCAAGAAAAAGUAUCUAAUGAAUCUACAACCAAGUACAAUAAAGUCUAUGAAUCCCCAAAAUCUAGCAAAAAUGUGAACACACUAUCACCUCAAAGCACCAGUUGGCAGCUUGACAAAGUUUCUAGUCCAAGUAAGAAAGAUACAUCAGGUAUUUCUGUUGAUCACUGUACCCAGACUUUUCACAUUGAGAAUGUUAUGGAUACAAAAGAUAACAACCAUGAUAAAACUAAAACAAAGCUAGAAAAGGAUGUUUGGGAUGAAAAAAGGAAAGAACUUUUGAAGACUGAUGUUAAGUCAAAUGAGGUUAUUAAAGAUAUUCCAGAAAGAAAGGAAACUGAAAGAGAGAUACGUGAUUGUAAUCCUGGAAGGACUUUAAAUAAGGAAAUAGCAACUGAAAGAAAGUUUAAUAGAGAAUCUUUGUUUGAAAAUAAAUCCAGUAGAGAUAUGAACAGUGAAAGAAAUUUAAGUAAAGAAUCAAAUAUUGACAAACGAAUAUCUAAGGACUUCAACCUUGAGAAGAAUUCGAGUAAGGAUGCUGCUCCAGACAUCACUUCAUUAAAAGAAAUAAAUUUUGACAAGUCUUUAAAUAAAGAGUACAAUUCAGAAAAAAAGCCGAAUAAAAUUUUAUCUGAAAAGACGACAAAAGAUGUAAGCUGUGAAAAGAAGCUCAGUAAAGAAAGUAAUAAUUUAACUAAAAAAAAUUGUGAAGCUACUCUUGAGUGGAGGUCAACUAAGGAAAUAAGUUAUGAUAAACCAGUGAAGGAAGUUAGUGUGGAACAGAAAGUUAGAAGAGAUCUCUGUAAAGAAGGUCACCCAGAGAAAAAAUGCUUAAAAGAUAAUGGUUCUGACAAAAAGAUAAGAAUUGAAGUGGUUGAAGAAAAAAAGCUAAAAGAGAGAGAGACAGAAAGGAGAGGUGGCAGAGAUUCCUCUCUUGAUAGAAGAUCAAGUAAAGAUCUUUCUCCUGAGAAGAGGAAAAUCAAGGAUGCCUCUGUAGAGAAGUCACACAGUAUAGAAGCUCUUGAUAGAAGGGCUAAUGAGGAUGCUGCCAGUGACAAAAAAUCUAACAGAGAGUUUUCAGAAAAUAAAUCUCCUGUUGAAUUAUUUUGUGACAAUAUAGUGAGUAGAAAUGAUAAUAAUGGGAAGAAGUAUGAUAAAGAUGGUACAUCAGACAAGAAACCUGGAAAAAAUACUGACAAGAAAUUAAGUAAAGGAAAUACUACAGAGAAGAAAACUAAUAGGGACUCUAGUAAGGACUCUGUUUUGGAGAAGAAAAGUAAGUCUUUAACACUUGAGAAAAACAAAGAAUUUGUUGUGGAGAAGAAAGUAAUCAAAGAUUCCACUCCUGAAAAGAAAUCUGGAAAAGAUGCUUCUCAUGAAAGAAAACCAAGCAAAGAAAGAAAGCAAAGUAGCAAGGAGAUGGGUUCAGAGAGGAAACAGACCAAAGAGGAAAAUAUUGAUGAAUCUGUCAAGGAUUUUUCUGUGGAAAAGAAAUCUAGUAAAACUUCAUCUCCAGAAAAACGUAGUAGUAAGGAUGCUCAUGAAAAACGCUCAAGGAAAGAGUCUAAUUCAGAUAAAAGAUUGAAUAAAGACUUAAUAAGUGAAAAAACAAAUAAAGAAACGGCUCCAGACCAAAGAUCUGAUGCAGAAUAUAUUUCUGAGAUAAAAUGUGACAGAGAACCUGGAGUAGAGGAUAAAACCAAAGAUCUGUUUUCUGAAAAGUUGGCAAGUAGAGAUGUGACUCAAGAAAAGAAAUCAAGGAAAGAAUCCAGCUUUGAAAAGAAACAAAAGAAAGAUUGCAGUUAUGAUAACUCUAGUAAGGAACAGUGUUUGCAAGGCAAAUAUGAUACAGAACUUGGUGUAAAAAGAAUUUCUAUUGUUGAACCCCUUCUUGAAAAGAAAGCCUGUAGAGAACCAGGCUUUGAUAAAAAAACAAUGUCUGAGCUAAGUGCUGAAAAAUUGCCAAACCCUGAUCCAGGUUGUGAGAAGAAGAUCAUCAUCAAAGAACUUGAUUACAUGAAAAGGCAUAGCAAGGAGCAUACUUUAGAGAAAAAUUCUUUUUCCACUGAAAAAUUAAACAAAGUCUAUAACCAGGAGAAGAGUUUGAACAGAGGAUCUGAGCAAAAGAAAAGAUCAAGGAAAAAGAGUAAAAGGCUGAUAGAAGAAAAGGCUGAUGAGAGAAAAGGCAAUCAAGAAUUAUACUCCACUGGAACUAGUUUAAUAAAGGACUUGUCUGCUGAUAUUACAAGUAAUAAAGACCUAUCACCGAAACAUAAAAUCACUAGUAAUGAUAGUCUCUCUCCGAAACAUAAAAUAACUUCUAAUAAAGAUAUCUCUCCGAAAUAUAAAAGCACAAGUAAUAAAGACCUCUCGCCAUUGCACAAAAUCACAAGUAAUAAGGAUAUCUCUCCAAAAUAUAAAGUCACGAGUAAUAAAGAUAAUUCUACAAAACAUAAAAUUGCUAGUAGUAAUAAAGACCAAUCUCCAAAACAUAAGACUGCAAGUAAUAAAGAUACAUCUCCGAAGCAUAAAGUUAUAAAUUGUAAAGAACUCUCUCCGAAACAUAAAAUCACUAGUAAUAAAGACAUUUCACCGAAACGUAAAGAUCAAAAUGAAAGAUGUGCUGGUGAUUCGAGUGAGAAGUCUAAAGCAAGCCGAAUAAAUAGAUUAUUUGAAAAUCACAGUGAAUUGUUAAAAGUGUCCAGCAUUAGUUCAGUUGAAUCACAAAAGCUUCUAGCAACAAAUAACAUAAACUAUAAUAGUGAUGUUUUAAGCAGUAUGAUUAAGAAAGAUGAUAAAGAGGCUGUUAGAAUAGAUGUAUCAUUACCUGUGUGUACAAAAGGGAAAAUAGACCCUGCAGAACAGAAUGAUAAGUUGAAUCACAAAAGUGCUAGUGAAAAAGCUUUCUCUUGUGUCAGACCAACUAUAGCAGAUGUAGUGAAAGGUAGAGAAAGAAGAAAAAGUACAGACACAGAGAAGCUUAGUGGUAGUGAUAAGCGAAAGAAAGGGGAUACAUACAGAGAAGACACAUCAACAGAUAGUGAAAGUUCAGAAGAACUUAAUGAAAAAGUGGAUUUGGACACUGAGCAAACUCAAACAUUUUCUGUCAGUGAGAGCAAUUUUAACCAGGGACGAUUGACAAUGAAGAUAGCUGCAAUGAAAAUGGCAAAAUUUGGGCGAACAGGACUCAGAGAAGUGACUGGAGGAGCUUUGCCAACAAGGUCAGACCUUCACACUAACCAACGCAUGGAGAGCUCCAUGAGUAUGUCAUUUAGUCCAUUUAGACGACCUAGAACAGUGCCCCAGAAGCUUCAGUCAACCAAUACCCAACCUGAAACUCACAAGGUAAAGACAGCAGCUGAAAGGAAAACCUACACAGAUGCUCUACCACCCAAUGGUUCGGUCCGCUCUUCUACCAAAAUUCAUCGAAAAAAGGGUGGCGGUGUGAAAGCCGACAUGAGAGUGCCAGCGGCGUCUGUGUACCAGCGGGCAGGCGGCAUGGUGGGCUGUGUGGCUGUGGCAGCAUCAGCCCCGGCUGCACAUCCACACAUAGACCACGAUGAGGAGCAGAUCUCUCGCCUCGCCCACCACCUCUCGCAGAUCUCCGGCGACCACGACGGCUUGCAGGUGCUGGACCAGGAAGACUUGGCUGCACUACUACCAGAUGUAAGCAGUGGUAGUGGCCACCAAGAUGGGUCAUCUGUGUCCCUUGAUGGGUUCACAGAUGAUGUUGUCGUGUCUCGGACGGGCUCUGAUACAGAAGGAGAUGAACAUGGCUCUGAUGUGGCUGGUGACGACGACGAUGAUGACUUACCAGAUGUUAUUGUGCGGGAAGCUAUUAAUUCAAUGGCAAUUGUGGGUGAAGAAGCUGCUCUCAAGUUCAACACAGUGCUGAUGGAUGACUUGGAUGAUGUGGAAAGUCGGAAUCGAUCUCGUCAUCAUCAGCACUCACAGCAGCAGCAGCAGGGUCAGAGUCGUUUAGGGCAACAACAGAGGACAUCAAGGAGCCCGAGGGCUGAAACAGGCUUAAGGAAUCGGGAUGAAGGAGUUCUUGGAGAUAAAAGAAGAAGAGGAAGGCCGCCUCGACCCAUAACAGGAAAAGAUGCUCAUCAAGAAGAAGAUCCAGAUCCACCUCCCAUGCCAGAACUAGAAAGUUAUGUUCCACUAGAUUGCAAUGUUUCUAAUGUGUCUCCAGACAGUGGUAUACAGUCAGUGAGUGGUUCUCCUUUACAUCACAUUGGUUCCCCACCACACCACCAUUCUCCACUGUAUAGUGCAGGAAAAUCUGUUGAUGGCUCAGGCAGCCACAAUCGACCCUAUUCUCCCACUUUGAUUUCUCAAGAUUCUCCUCCACCACCCACCUUAUUGCCAGCUGUUACUCCUCCCCAUUUGUUAAGUUCACCUCAUUAUGAUUAUGAUUCCCCAAAUUCCCCACAAAUGCCAGCUCUCAAGUGUCAAGUAGAUCCACCUCCAAUACUUCAGGCAGAUACUGCUAAACGAACUAGCCUUGAAGAACAAGGCACUCUUAAAAGGAGAGGACCAGGACGACCAAAGAAAGAACCAGAGAGACCUAAGCGACCAAGGGUUAAGCGACCAAGAGGGAGACCUAAAGGUUCUAAAAAUAAGAGACCAAAGAGUGUGGAGGAACUUCUCUCUGUAGAAUAUAAAGAUAAUGCUCAAAAGCUCCCAGGAGAGAUUGAUAGUUUCAAGUGUUACAGAAGUGAACUUGGGUCAAGUGCACCAGUGACUCAUGUAUUAGAUGUUUGUGGUGAAGACAAGUGGAAUCAUGACAUAGAUGCUGAGGACCUUCCCCCACCUCCAGAGCCCAUCCCUCCUCUGAGACGUGGACCUGGCAGGCCCAAAAAGAUCCCUCCAGUGUUAGAACCCAGUGUACCCCUCCAGGAACCACAGAUAAACAAAGUACAAAAUGAGCACAAAACAGAGUCUUGUGCUGAAGACUGUGCCAAUCUUUCUAGUGCCAAGCCUGAAACCCAUGUAGCCAGUUUUGAGCCAUCCAAUUCUGUGAAUUUUAAUGAUAGGGAAUCCAGAGACAAAGGGUUAAAGGGAAAGAGGCCAGUGGGUCGGCCAAGAAAAUAUCCUAAAAGAGACGAAGUAAAUAUGUCCAGCAAUUUGCCUGCUACUGCAGCCAGCAAAAAGUGUUUCAGUGAAAGAAUAAUGCACAAAAUCAUAAACGAAAAAGUGCGUAAUAGUGAAAAAUCUGAUAAAUUAUCUGUCCGAGUUGAGGAUAUUGAAGGUUCCAUAGAUGCCUUCAGUGAUCCUUACACAUUUCACAACCUUUCCCAUAGAUGCUUGAAAGAAGCUGAAAGAAAGCAUCGGAAAAAAUUCUUUAAAACAAAGUUUAAUAGUGAAGGCAUACCUUUGGAAGGAAAGAAAAAGCGGGGAAGGAAAAAGGAAUUGCCAGCAAUAUUUGAAAAAGUAUAUGGUAGUCAAGAGCUGAAAACCAAAAUAAAGAGUGAAAAUGGAAAACCAUCAUUUUGUGCGGCCACAUUAUCAUUUAAACAAAUGCAUAAAAAGAAGAGGAAGAAGCCAAAGCAUUUCAAAAGUAAACAUAAAAAUAUUGUGGACCCUGUAUUUCUUGCAGACUUGGAAGAUCUUACAAGAUGCAUACAGCAGUGCUCUAUAUCAAAGAUACCAGUCCUUCAGCAAACUAAACCUGGCGAGAUACUUCUACCCUCAAUAUUUCGCUUGCGGAAAGUAUCUUUGGCGGCCAAGAAAAGACGUGGUAGCGAAAAGACAAGAACAAGUGACAGGGAAUCAGGAACAGAAGGGGAAAGUGGCAAGGAGAAAGCUUCAGGCAAGAGAAAAAAGAAGUUACAAGAGGUGCCAAAACAGGGUCGAGAGCGGACAGAAGCAAAUGAGCAAAGACUUCCCCUAAAGAAAAGACACCGCCAUAUUUCAACAGCAGUUCCUGCCACUCCUGAGCCCCCUAAAGUUGAUAAUGUCAAAAGUGAAGUUAGUGUAACCAAAGCAAAUGAGAAGGCGAGUUGUGCCGACAAAGAAACUAAAAUUGAAAAGGAGGAGAAGGAAAAACUUAAUAAAAUUGAUCCCCGAUCAGAGAAGUCAGCAGUUCCUAAACCAAAUGUCCUCUCUGAAACACCAAAACCUCUUAGAACUGAACCCAGAAUUAUUAAGCAAAGUAAUGAACAUGAAAUUCAUAAGAAAUCAGAAGAAAUAUUAUUAGUGAAUUCAGUAACAAGAAAGUUAGAAGAACAAGUGACAAAGAAUGCUAGACUUGAGGAAGCUGUACAAGUACCUGAUGUUAUAAAUUUAAAAAAUAUUGAAGAUUCUGAGGAGAAAUGCAAGACUACUAGAAUCUGUGUAACUGAUCCAGUGGUAAACAAGACUGUAGAGAAAAAUGAACCUGUCACUCAGGCCAGCAGUGAAGUUCCCACUUCAACUCGCACCACAACUACUACUCCAAAGAAAAGGCACAGAUUGGAGGUAGAUUUAACUAAUACUCCUGCUGCAGCAACAAGAGCCACAUCAGGAUUAGUCAAGGGAAAGACUGAAAAAGAAGUGCCUAAGACCAAGGAGAAGGAAAUAACUGUUAAAACUCCAGUAACAAAAUCUCCCAAAGCAACCAAAGAUCUUGGCUUCAAAGAAGUUGGAAGCCCACCUGUACAUAAGGAGGAAGAUCCCAGUGAUAAUAGUUCUAAGGUAUCUGUUGCAGAUAAAGGAAAAACCAAAAAUGUGGAUGACAGUGAUGCAAUUAUCUUGUCAUCGGAGUCAAUGCCUAGCAGUGAACCACCAUCAGGAGAUGAGAGCAAUAGAACUUUGCCAGGAAAUAGAAGAGUUCCUCGUUGGCGGAAGAAAUAUCUUGUUGCUGGUCUCUUUUCAUCUUAUUACAAGGAGGAUGAGCCUCGAAGAAGAAAUGGUGAAGUAUCUUUACCAAAGAAUAAGCUUACAUAUGACCCUGAAGAGCAUAUACAUGGUCUUCUCCCUCCACCCUGUUAUUGCCGCAAGUGGUUACGAGAAAGACAGAUUGAUUUUGUAUUACCUUAUGAUCUUUGGUGGCUUCAUGAACACAACAUGCUGCCUGGGAGAGAUAUUGUUCCAUCAUGGAAUUUCAAAAAGAUCAAGUCCAAUGUGUACUAUGAUGUAAAACCAAAUCAUGAUUAUGAGCUGCAAGCAUGCAACUGUAAGCGACCUACCAAACCUGGAGAACGUGGCUGUGGUGAUGAUUGUAUCAACAAAAUGAUGCUCAUUGAAUGCUUCUCUCAGACUUGCCCUAUUGCAGACUCCUGUGGAAAUCAACCAAUACAAAGACAUGAAUACAAAACGUGUCUUCAGCGUUUCAUGACUCCGAAUAAAGGUUGGGGCAUUAAGACAACACAAGAAAUUAAGGCUGGAACAUUUAUAAUGGAAUAUGUUGGAGAAGUGGUUAGUGAGAAAGAGUUUAAACUGAGAAUGCAAACUAAAUAUGCCAAUGAUACACACCAUUACUGUUUAAACCUUGACCGAGGGAUGGUUAUUGAUGGUCAUCGGAUGGGAGGAGACUGCCGAUUUGUAAAUCAUUCUUGUGAUCCUAACUGUGAAAUGCAAAAGUGGUAUGUUAAUGGUCAAUAUCGUAUGGCUUUGUUUGCUUUAAAGGAUAUUGAAGAGGGAACUGAACUCACCUAUGACUACAAUUUUUCCCUCUUCAAUCCUGCUGAAGGACAAGAAUGUAAAUGUGGGUCUGAAAAUUGUCGUGGAGUUAUUGGUGCAAAGUCUCAGAGAGUAAAUGGUUUUAUUGAUGACAAAAAGAAGGCUCCUAAGAAGGAUAUGGGAAAGAAGCGCAAGCGUGGAACAACAGCUGAAGCCGACAAUAACUACAUUCCCCGUCCACAUUUUACCCCAAUCAAGCCAUUAUCACACCAACAGCAACUAUUCAUUUUAACUCAUCGAUGCUUUCUCAUUCGCAAUUUGGAAAAAGUUAAGAAAUCUAGGGAUCGUUUAAGUCGAUGUGCUGAGAAAAAACAUGAGGAAGUCUUAGAUGACCCUGAUGAACCUAGCACCAGAGUUGAGAAAUUUCUUACUCACUUUACUGCUCUCAACACUGCUAGAUCUGUGAAAACACGACGUCUUGCUCAAGCUGAAGAUGACCCUGAAAUGACUCGAUUAGCUAAACUAGCACAGAUCUUCAAAGAUAUUUUUGAUAAACUUGUUGCGUCUAGGGACAGCAAUGACAAACCUUUGGCUACUCCAUUCAUGACAUUGCCAUCCAAAAAAAAGUAUUCUACUUAUUACAUAAGAGUAGGUGAGCCAAUUGACCUAGCUCUUGUAGAGAAAAACAUUCUUACUGGACAUUACAUUACUGCAGAGGCAUUUGAUCGUGAUGUUAUGCGCCUUUUUGCUAACAACCUUCGAUUUUUUGGGCGUAAUACGGAAGUGGGUCAAAUGGCUGUUGGCUUACGCCGGGUGUAUAGUGAAUGUAAAUUGCAGUUCAAACCCUUACUGGAAGAAGUCUUAGGAGAAGAUGCGCUCCCACCUGCUUUUGCCAAUUCCAGUCCAAAUGAAGAGUUUGAGGAUGAAGAUGUAAUUAGGUGUGUUUGCAAUCUCCACCGUGAUGAAGGAGUUAUGAUACAAUGUGAAAGGUGUCUGGUGUGGCAACAUUGUGACUGCAUGGGUGUGACUGACUCUCCUGAUCACUACCUGUGUGAAGAGUGCUCACCUCGCCUCAUCUCCCCUGAGGUGCCUAUGAAUCCUCAGCCUCCAGAUGCUCCUAGAGAUCAUAAAUACUUCAUAACCCUGCUGAGAGACAAUCUACAGGUUAAACAAGGUGACAGUGUUUAUAUUCUUCGUGAUCGGCCACAGCAAAAGCCAGGAGAGAGACGACAGCCAGCUUACCGACUUGUCAAAGACAUCAAGCCUCAUGAUCUCUUAAUAUUCAAGAUAGAAAAUCUGUGGAUUGAUGAAAAGGGAGACAAAUUUGCAUUUGGACAUCACUACUUGCGUCCACAUGAAACCUUCCAUGAGCCAUGGCGGAAGUUUUUCCCAAACGAAGUAAUUCGUUCACCAUUGUGUGAAAUAUUGCCACUGGACAUGGUGAUAAAUCAUUGCUGGGUACUGGAUCUCAAUAGCUAUUGCAGGGGGCGACCCAUUGGUGCUCAGGAAGAUCACGUAUAUGUAUGCGAGUAUCGAGUGGACAAAAGUGCCAGGGUCUUCUCUAAGAUCAGCAAACCCAAAUACCCAAUUUGCAUCAAGCCAUAUGCCUUCAUUACCUUUCCAGAGAGACUAAGACCACAGCGUACAUAUACUGUAAGUGAGCUUGUUUUUGUUUGGAUGAAUCUUCUUGCUAUCCUCUAUAAGAAACUGUACCUCAAGCUCUGCCUUCACCUUAAGCUCUUUUUCCAACAGCGAGCUAAGAAACGUGUACGAGUCAACAGUGUUGCAACAAAACUUCUUACCCAACUACCAACAAAGGGAGCAAUAGACUUGAGCUAUUUAUUGGAGAAUAACAAAAGGCAGCGCAAAAAAACAGCAGCUUUCACCUCCUGAGAUUGGCUCAUAGGCUGGAACGGCCACCUCACACUCAAGGAAAUGGAGGGCCAAGUGUAAAACAAUUAUAUUAAUGUAAUUUAAUUUAUAAAGUAUUUAUUUAUAUAUAUAUAUAUAUAUAUAUAUAUAUAUAUAUAUAUAUAUAUAUAUAUAUAUAUAUAUAUAUAUAUAGCAUGUAUAUAUGCUUAUGUAUAUGUAUGUAUAUGUCGUGCCGAAUAAGUAAAACUUGUGAUUUUGGCUUAAAUAGUAACGCUCUUCUUGCCGAAUAAGGCAAGUAAUAAUUUGCGUAUGGAAUAAUUUAGCAAAAAUUAUUCUAAACCUAAUGAAAAACAUAUAUUUCAUUGUGUUAGUUUAUUAUUAAAUUAUUGUAAAAUUAUCUAAAAUAUAUUUAGUUGGGUUAGGCUAACUUAAAUUGGGCUUGUUAAAAUAAGGUUAGGUAAGUUUUUUAAGGUUCUUUUAGUACAAAAUUAUUUAUUUGUACAUUAACAUAAAUGAAAAAAUAUAUCUUUAAACAUAUAAGAGAAAAUUUUAAAAAGGACUUAAUUUUAAAUUAGCUCUUGCUAAUGGACCAGUUUUAUCUAUUUGGCACAACGUAUACAUGCAUGUAUAUGUGUAUGAGCAUGUAUAUGUAUGUAUAUAUACAUGUAUAUGUAUGCAAACAGUCGCAGACGGGCGAUCUUAACUAUGCAGGACAAGCCAUGGGGGGGUGGAAAUCUUAGCUCAAGUACUUUCACACUUCUCAGUGCAUCAUCAGGAGCUGUGCAAUGUUGCAAGGGAGCAACCAAAGCAGGGAGAGAGGUCUCAUGGUUACCCUUAGGGUAACCAUGGCCAGUGACACCUACGCUACUCUGAGACCUCUCUCCUUGCUUUGGUUGCUCCCUUGCAACAUUGCACAGCUCCUGAUGAUGCACUGAGAAGUGUGAAAGUACUUGAGCUAAAGAUUCCCUCCCCCCCUCCCUGUGGC